UUAUAUGGAUGCACAUACAAACAGAGAGGAUUUCGAGGAUACAGUUCAGAAGCUCUAUGCAUAUAUUGCUAGGAGGAAGGCAGAUGGGUAGUAAAGAAAAAGGGUUGUUUCUCAUAUUCUUCUCUUACAUAUGUAUUUGUUCAACUUCAUCCCCUCUUCAGAAGGUCUUGCUUUCUUCAGAUCCAACUCACUUGGGAGCAAAGUUUGCUAGCAGGUAUGCCAGCGGUUCUGUUGCUGAAAGUGGUGGGAGUAGUAUAAAACAUAACAGGAAGAUUGAAGGUGCCCAUGGUCAUGGAGCUACUGGUGGUGUUGGAUCCAAUGGCAAUGGUGAGAAUGGAAAUAAUGGUGGUUCGAGAUCACCUAAUAUGCAAGGAGGUACGGCUACCAUCCCAGUAUAUGUGGCCGGUGCUGCCAAUAACCGCCACCAGAACCAUCAUCGUGGGUCUGGCAACCGCAACCGGAACUCCCCAGGACUUUCAAUCUUGGUUGCAAACACCUUGGCCUCUCUCCUUGCAGGUUUAUAUUACUAACAUCGGGAAACAAACAAAUAUGUUGCUUUUUACUGUUCAUAAGGGUUGUCCGUUGUGGGACUUGGCUUACUUGGAUUAAUGUUUUGCUGCAAAUAUAAGCUACACUGUAUAAUGUGUUGGCUUUGGUUAAAUCACUGGCAAAAGCUUGAUACACCCAUACAUUAUUCUGCA